GGUAUAGAUAGCGGUAUCGUAAAGCGUUCGGGUUUUAGGGUUAGCAGCCACCUCCACAGCAGCCAUGGUCCUCAAGACUGAACUUUGCCGAUUCAGUGGUGCCAAGAUAUACCCCGGGAGAGGCAUCAGAUUUGUUCGUGGUGAUUCUCAGGUCUUCCUGUUUUCCAACUCAAAAUGCAAACGAUAUUUCCACAACCGCUUGAAGCCAUCAAAGCUCACCUGGACUGCUAUGUAUAGGAAGCAACACAAGAAGGACAUUGCUCAAGAGGCUGUAAAGAAGAGGCGUCGUGCCGCCAAAAAGCCUUACUCUAGAUCCAUUGUUGGUGCUACUUUGGAAGUUAUCCAGAAGAAAAGAGCUGAAAAGCCAGAAGUUCGAGAUGCAGCUAGGGAAGCUGCUCUUCGUGAAAUUAAAGAGAGGAUUAAGAAAACAAAGGAUGAGAAGAAGGCUAAGAAAGCUGAAGUUGUGUCUAAGACACAAAAAGCUCAAGGCAAAGGCAAUGUCCCGAAGGGUUCUGUAUCCAAAGGUCCCAAACUUGGUGGUGGAGGCGGGAAACGCUGACCUUUUUAUUUUUGUUCCGUUUUUGGCUAUCAUUUGAAUAGAGUUGUUUUGGAAAUUUGUGCUGAUAUAUUUUAUUUGCUUGAUUAAUCUUCUAUUUUGACUGUUUUAUCAAAUAUGUAUUUGGAGCUUCAGUUGGUUA